AGUGGCACGAAAAAUCAAAGAUUCCUAAAGAAAUUUCAAUUUACCCUGAAGAGGAAUAGACCAAAAAUGAAUUUGCAUAGACUGAAUAAACAGGAGCUCAAAAGAAAGAAAGAUAAUUUCCUGAACUAUGAUUUUGAAGAUCAGGGGGGAUAUGAAGAGCUGAGGAUGCAGACUACUGAAACAGGUAAUAUAGAGCAAAUCAGCGACUGCUUAGAUGUGAAUCAUCCCAUUGCAUCUAAAAGAAGAUUGAAAGCCUUCUUGGUGGUUCUCCUUAUCAUCAUUCUUAUCUGCGGGCUUACCACGAUUGGUGUAUUAUUUGGUCUUGAAACACGUAAACUGAAAGAAAUAGAUAUGAAGCAGUUAUCCCAACCCUUGAUUAAGGAUGAAUUUAUGAACAACCCUUGUAGAAGCAAAAGCAAAAAUCCGAAAUUAAUAGAUCAAGGGAAAAAAGAGUGGGGAAGCAGAGGGCGAAGUUUUUUGGUCAGUUUUCUACAAAACCACAACAAGGCAAACGAAACUAACCGUACUAUCAUCGUAUCAUCAGAGACCGACUUCGAUUUAAUAGUUUCACUGCCAGAGAAUCAAAGGUCUAAUUUGAUCUCAAUAUCUACUCUUAGAAGUAGAAAUGUCACCCUGAAGAAGCUAGAUGUACACCAUUCCCUGGUUCCAUCUUACAAUACCACUGAAUCUAAAGCUAUUAUUAUCAACACCUCCGUGAGGACAUCUGUGUUGUCCGUGACCAAACAUGAUGUAUCCUCAGAUACCACAACAGUUUUCCCCAUCGACAAGCUUUCAACAGACUACAUAAUAUCAACAGCAACACCUACAGAUAAAUUCUUUGGGAGUGGAAGUCAUUUUACUAUUGCCGCAAUGAAAGACAAUACGAUCGUAAGCAUAGUGUUUAAAGCUGAUCAUGACAUAGAUAUAGUGCUACAAGGGAAAUCUUAUGGGAGCGGGGAUACAUUUAACGUCAUAUUGAACAAGUAUCAAACAUUUCAAAUCGGACUUAAAGCAGACAUGACUGGUACAAUGAUUCGUUCUUCAAAUCCUGUCGCGGUCUUUGCGGGGAAUAGGUGUUUAGCUGUUGGGUAUCUUGGGUACUGCAGCAUGCUUAUGGAAAUGGUUCCCCCAGCUGAUAAACUCGAUUAUGUUUUUAUUGUACCACCAAACAUUCAUAGGUAUCAAUCGCAGGUACGCAUUUUAUCAGCUGUCAAAACCAAAAUAAAAUUUACUACAAAAGACAUGAAAACGACAGGACUCCUUCUGAAAGAUAGAUUUGCUGAUUUCAUCAUCCGUGAACAUGAAGUAGGUGUUGUGUAUUCCACCGAACCUAUAUUGGUUAACAGUAUUGCACUCGCUUCAACUAAGACUAAUAUAUACGGCGAUCCGUUCAUGGUAACCAUUCCCGGAAUAAAUCAGUAUCUCAACGAAUACAUCAAUGUUGUUCCUGAUGGGUUUACUUUUAAUUUCGCUACUUUCAUGAUAAGAAACGAUUCUCUGAGAAGUCUGCAAAUUAAUGGAACAAACAUGAACAUUUACAAGUGCCUUUUUCACUCUUCCGUCCUGGUUGGGACAGACCUUUACAGUGUUUGUACUGUAAGUGUUCCAUUUGGAGUAAUUGAUGUUAAAACUUCUGAUGGGUCUCGGUUUGGUUUCAUUGUUACAGGUCAACGCAAAAAUGACGGACAUGGUUAUGCAGGAAAUGCCUUAUUAACCGCCAGCUGUGGGACUUAACUAUCAAAACAGGGAAAUGUAAUCGAAAAAUAUCGAGGAGGAUCAUCUUUAAAGACUUAAAUGAAAAAAGUUCAGUCAGAAUUUUUAAAACUUAAAACGUCCUCUCAUUUUGUAGCUAUAUACCUACAAAAUGAGAGCACGUUUUAAGUUUUAAGUGUUGACAUCCCUGUCACAAAUAAGCAUUGGUUUUAAGUUUUGUAAUACACAGAGGUCAGAGAGAGGUCAGUUAUGGGCCAAUUUUCUCAUUUUUUUGCACAUUUUUCUCGAUUUUAAAGCUUAUUUUGCUUCGGAAAACAUAAAGCACAAGCAUGCCUACCUCCAAAUUUAUAAAUUUUACAC